AAGCAGAACGUGCGCAUCUGACGAGUUUGUGAUUGGUGUAAAUAAAAUCGAACAGACUAUCCUGGCUUUUACGUUUCUAACAACAAAAAAAAACAAAACAAAAAAAAAAACAAACUGUGCAAGAGAUUGUGAUAAACUAUGAUAUUGGUGUUUUUAUAUAGAGUGCAGUGUACGCAAUUAUACAACUAAGCGACGUAUUUUAUUAAUCGUUUCUGCAACAGUGCAAGAGACAAAGACGAUUGCGAGCAAACACUACACAUAUGCACACAUACACACACAUUCAAAUGAAAAUCACAAAAUUUUCACCAUUUACUCUGGCUAUGUAUAUGAUUUCAUAGUUGUGCGUCUAAAUAAAUUACUACAUCAAUUUUUUUUGGGAGCAGCAGCCACAACAAAAACAACAAUAACAAUAAUAUAAACAAAAAAAAGAGAAUUGAACAAGUGCGUGCGUCAAAGCAAGGGAAUCCUUUGCCACACGGACAAAGAACUUGCAGUAAAAGUGCCCCAUACACAGAUAUUUGUAUAUAUAUAUAUUUAUAAAUAUAUAUAGAGAUAUAUGUAUGUAUAUAUAUAUAUAGACGGAGAAGAAAAUCUAAUUCUGAGCUGGCCAAACAGCUAAACAAAAUUUGCCAUUCACACAUGUGUUAAGCUUUCACAUUCGAAGAUUUAGUUUGGAGCUGCUCGUUAUACUAUUGCGUGGUAGUUCACAGACGACAGCCGCAGCCACAGUCGCAGCUAAACCAUGACUAUCAAGCCAGUCAGUGCGCCGAGUGGCAAGCGCGUUGUCGAUGCGGAUGCCACCGAGGCUCACGUCUCAGGACAGGUAGUGGUCGUCGAACAAUCGGUUGUCAAUCAAUCACAUCGCAAUGUUGUCAUCGAUGGCCAUGGCCAGAGUCCACAACGACGCGGCGAAGUCUACGACGAGCUGACACGCACACACCGUUGCAGUCCACAUAAAAGUUCCCGUUCGAAGCGUCGCGAGCAUCAUGAAGGUCAUGCACAUCAUCAUAAACGGGAUCGUUUGGAGCGCGAGAAACUGAAUCUUAAUCAUCCGACUGUGGUUGGUAGUGGUGUUGCGGGCGUCAGCAGCAAAUGUAGCAGUCCGCAUGCAGUAGUAGCUGCGGGCGUUGCUGCCGGAGCGGGCAACAGCAGCACUCCCACAGCUGUCGGUCGCAAAUCGCCGGAGCAUCUGGGCUUGGGCUGUGCCAAUGUGCCGAAAGUGCAAACUCAAAUAACACCGGCCGCUGCGGCAGCGAAUAUGCUGAAAGCUGUCGAAGAGACUUUCUCUGGCUACAAUAGCGGCGACGAGCAUCUGCAACCCAAGGAGCGCACUAUUUCAGUGGAGGAGUGGAAGCGGCGCGAUGAAGAGUUUGCCAAAUGUAUGGAGAAGCGUGGCUACGAACUAAAGCCCGUAGAGGAAGAUGGUGCCUGUCUCUUUCGAUCCAUAUCUCUGCAGAUUUACGGCGACGAGGGCAUGCACGAUGUCAUACGGCAGCACACAAUGGACUACAUACAUGAGAAUCGCGAGUAUUUUGGUCAGUUUGUCACCGAGGACAUCAAUGGAUAUAUUCAACGCAAACGUGCCCGCGAUGCACACGGCAAUCACAUAGAGAUACAGGCCAUAUCCGAGAUCUACAGUCGCACCGUCGAAGUCUUCUGUUAUCAGUCGACACCCAUUAACAUCUUUAACUCAGAGCAAUCGCAGGCUGGCUAUCCACCGUUGCGUUUGUCCUAUCAACGAGGCUCCCACUACAAUGCCAUACUGGAUCCGUACAAUGCCACCGUAGGCGUCGGCUUGGGCUUGGCUGGCUACAAGCCCGAGUUUCAGACCAAGGAGGCAGUGCGUUUAAGCGAGCAGCUAGAAAUUGAACAGACUAUGUUUGAGGACAAGCUGAAGACAACAGACUGGGAAGCCACCAACGAGGCCAUAGAGGAGCAAAUUGCUCGUGAGUCCUACUUGCAAUGGUGCCGUGAUAAUAUGCAGCGUUCGCGCAACAACAAUACAGCCGCCGGUUCGGCAACAUCUUCAACAGUGACUUCAGCCGAGGCCCUAACCGACUCAGAUGCCUCGCCUUCAAAGUACUCGAGUGACGGAGGAGGUAGUGGCGGCGGCGGUGGCAGUAGUAACAACAACAGCAACACAGCAGCCCCAAUGAGCAGCUCCAGCAUUGGCGAUGGCCCAGCCACGGUUUACACGCUAUCGCCUAAAACACUUGGUCAAUAUGCACACAAGUUGCCGCCCGAGGUAAAUGAACUGGGCGGUUACGAGAGCGAUGCGACGGAUAUGAGCAGCACCAGCUCUGUGGGUCACUGUGGAGGUAAUGCCUCGCCCAACACAGCCCCAGCGCAGCGCUCCAAUAAACUGUCAAAAUCACAGCGUCGCAGCAACAACCUGCGCAGCAGCAAGAAACGUCGUCACGAAGUGCGCGAGCCAGGCAAUAGCCUGGAAACCCAUGUACAUGAAACGCCACAACGUAAGAGUCCGAAACGUGAAGCUGUGCCUGCCGUUGCUAGGGAACGUACACCAGAAGCGGAACAGCAACCAUGCACCUCCAAGCAGUCAUCACAGUCACCACCCAAACGCGUGGAACCCAAAUCGCCGCCCAAGCAAAGCUACUCGAGCUUUUACCAAGAGCUCCUGGAGGCUUCUUAUGCUAACGACGGAGUCAAUGAGAACGAGAUGCUGCAGCGAGCCAUCCAAAUGUCGACGCGCGAUUAUAUGGAUGAUCAGAAGCGAAAAUAUUUGUGUGGCCCAUAGGUGAGGGCCUGGCGAAGCGAAAGUGUUCCCUGUCGCUCUUUUGUACAGUGAUUAAAUUUCUCUUUACGCAACGAAAACGAAACACAACAAAUCAACCAAAAAUAAACACCCUCCACACACACUCGCCUACACUUACAACAAAAGGAACAAAGUAACAUUUUGUAAGACUCGACUUGUAUUAAAAAUUGAUGAGUGAGGAAGUGCCCCAAGGACUGAACAUCCUGGACGCCUUGCAGCUAUUGGCACAUACAUACAUAUACACACACAAACAUUCACACACACACACACAAACACACACCCACACAAAA